UCAGCUGCUCCUGCGCGGUGGGCCAGCCCUCUUGACGGGAUGCCGCCUCGCGGGGGGAUGCUGCCUCUGCUGCUGCUGCUGCUGCUGCUGCGCUUGGUUCCGAGCCCCUCAGUCUGAAGGCGAGGCGCCGGCGAGAGGAGGCACAGGCAGGCAGGCAGCCCCAGCGCCCCGGGACUUGGGUGCUCUUUUGGACUCUCCUCCAUCCGCCCGCUUCUCUUUCCGAGUCCGGCGCUCCUCAUGGGCCAGUGAAGGCGGGCGGGGGUCUUGAAGGGAGGCCAGAGCGGGGAGGGGGGCGGAUUAGCCCACAAGCGGAGGAGAAAAGGGGGCGAGCGGGGGGUCGGCCGGAGCCAUGGAGACGACGACGAGGCGGAGGUGGUCCCCGAGGUGGAAGACGAAGCGGUGGACGCUCCUCUUGGCUUGGGGCGCGCUGCUCGUGCUCCAGGCGGAGCAGGUCCGAGGAGCUGAAGCAGUUGAUGUGCUCAAAGCAUUAGAGUUUCAUAAUUCGCCAGAAGGAGUUUCAAAAACAGCAGGAUUUUGCACAAACAGAAGGAAUUCCAAAGGAUCAGAUGUUGCCUACCGAGUUUCAAAACAUGCACAACUCAGUGCCCCAACCAAACAAUUGUACCCAGGUGGAAACUUUCCUGCAGACUUUUCAAUAGUAUUUACGGUAAAGCCUAAGAAGGGAAUUCAGUCUUUUCUUUUAUCUAUCUACAAUGAACAAGGGAUUCAGCAAGUUGGCGUUGAGGUUGGUCGGUCACCUGUCUUCCUGUUUGAAGAUCAGAAUGGAAAGCCUGCACCUGAAGAUUAUCCCCUUUUCAGAACAGUCAAUAUUGUUGAUGGGAAGUGGCAUCGGGUAGCCAUAAGUGUGGAGAAGAAAUCUGUUACCAUGAUCGUGGACUGUAAGAAGAAAGCCACAAAACCACUUGAGAGGAGUGACAAAGCAAUCAUUGACACCAAUGGCAUCACUGUCUUUGGAACAAGGAUUCUCGAUGAGGAAGUCUUUGAGGGUGAUAUCCAGCAGCUGUUGAUCAUUGGAGAUCCUAGAGCAGCUUACGACUAUUGUGAGCAUUAUAGCCCAGACUGUGAUUCCCCUGUGCCCAAUGCUCCCCAAGCUCAAGAACCUCAGGUUGAUGAGUACGCAACGGAAGAUUUAAUCGAAUAUGACUAUGACUAUGGGGAUCCAGAUUAUAGAGAUUAUAAAGACCUUGACACUGUAACAGAGGGACCCCCACUAUACGAAGAGACAGUAGCACAGACUGAGGCCAAUAUUGUUGAUGAAUAUCAUGAAUACAGUGUGGCUGAAACUGACUAUGGAACCUCUGAACGCUACCAGACUGUAUCUCCUAGCCAAACAACGGGACCAAAUGAGCAAAUUCCUGUUGAAGAAGUAUUUACUGAAGAAUACAUAACGGGAGAGGAGUAUAACUCUGAGAAUAAAAAAACUGAGGAAACAGAUUAUGGAAACAGAGGAGUAGACCACAGUGAAGCUGAAGUUGUGGUAGAUGGAGAUUUAGGCGAAUAUGACUUUUAUGAAUAUAAAGAGUAUGAAGAAAAGCCAACCAAUCCCACUCAUGAGGAGUUUGGGCCAGGUGUUCCAGCAGAGACUGAUGUCACAGAAACAAGUGUGAAUGGCCAUGGUGCUUAUGGGGAAAAGGGACAGAAGGGAGAAGCUGCUGUGAUUGAACCUGGGAUGCUUAUUGAAGGACCCCCAGGACUCCCAGGACCUCCGGGUCUUAUGGGUCCCCCAGGUACACAAGGUCCCACUGGUCCUACUGGUGACCCUGGUGACAGGGGUCCACCAGGACGUCCUGGACUUCCAGGUGCUGACGGUUUGGCUGGUCCUCCAGGUACUAUGUUAAUGUUGCCGUUUCGCUAUGGUGGAGGUGGUGAAAAAGGCCCAGCGAUCUCAGCUCAAGAAGCCCAAGCUCAAGCAAUUCUUCAGCAAGCCAGGAUUGCCAUGAGGGGGCCCCCUGGCCCUAUGGGGCUCACUGGAAGAUCAGGUCCUGUGGGUGCUCCCGGAGGUUCAGGUGCCAAAGGUGAUAGUGGAGACCCAGGUCCUCAGGGUCCUCGAGGCAUACAAGGUCCACCUGGUCUCCCUGGAAAAUCUGGCAAAAGAGGUCGUCCAGGUGCAGAUGGAGCCCGAGGAAUGCCUGGGGAACCUGGCUCCAAGGGUGACAGAGGUUUUGAUGGACUUCCAGGUCUUCCUGGUGAAAAAGGUCACAGGGGGGAUCGUGGACCACAAGGACCUCCUGGUUCUCCCGGUGAAGAUGGAAUGAGAGGAGAAGAUGGAGAGGUUGGACCAAGAGGCCUCCCAGGUGAAGCUGGUCAGCGAGGAUUACUGGGCCCAAGAGGAACUCCCGGACCACCAGGACAACCUGGAAUCGCUGGUGUUGAUGGCCCACAGGGACCAAAAGGAAACUUGGGCCCACAAGGGGAACCUGGACCUCCUGGCCAGCAAGGAAUCCCAGGCCCACAAGGGCUUCCUGGUCCACAAGGUCCAAUUGGAGUUCCUGGUGAAAAAGGACCUGCGGGCAAGCCUGGCCUUGCUGGACUUCCUGGUGCUGAUGGCCCUCCUGGUCACCCAGGGAAAGAAGGCCAAUCUGGAGACAAAGGAGCAUUGGGGCCUCCAGGUCCUCAAGGUCCAAUUGGCUAUCCUGGCCCUCGUGGAGUAAAGGGUGCAGAUGGUGUUCGUGGUCUAAAGGGUGGCAAAGGGGAAAAGGGUGAAGAUGGUUUCCCUGGAUUUAAAGGUGACAUGGGCCUUAAAGGUGACAGAGGCGAAGUUGGUCCUUUAGGUCCUAGAGGAGAAGAUGGCCCGGAAGGACCAAAAGGUCGAUCAGGCCCAACAGGAGACUCAGGCGGACCUGGUCAGGCUGGAGAAAAGGGCAAGCUUGGUGUUCCAGGAUUACCAGGAUAUCCAGGAAGACAAGGGCCAAAGGGCUCCACAGGUUUCCCAGGAUUCCCAGGUGCCAACGGAGAGAAAGGUGCAAGGGGCUUGCAUGGCAAACCAGGCCCGAGGGGACAGCGAGGACCAACAGGGCCACGUGGAUCAAGAGGUCCAAGAGGCCCAACUGGAAAACCUGGUCCAAAGGGCACUGCUGGCAACGAUGGACCGCCUGGCCCACCGGGUGAAAGGGGACCACAAGGACCACAGGGGCCUGUUGGAUUCCCUGGACCAAAGGGACCUCCUGGACCACCUGGAAAGGAUGGCUUGCCAGGACACCCAGGGCAGCGGGGUGAAACUGGUUUCCAAGGAAAAACUGGCCCACCAGGCCCAGGGGGUGUUGUUGGACCUCAGGGCCCCACUGGUGAGACAGGUCCAAUUGGUGAAAGAGGUCACCCUGGCCCUCCAGGACCACCAGGGGAACAAGGCCUUCCAGGUGCUGCUGGAAAGGAAGGUGCUAAGGGUGAUCCUGGUCCUCAAGGCAUUUCUGGAAAAGACGGACCCCCAGGACUCCGUGGUUUCCCAGGAGAAAGAGGAUUGCCAGGAGCUCAGGGUCCAGCUGGUCUGAAAGGAGGAGAAGGUCCCCAGGGUCCACCUGGCCCAGUGGGUUCACCUGGCGAACGUGGGCCAGCAGGGACCGCUGGUCCAAUUGGUUUGCCUGGCCGUCCAGGCCCCCAGGGCCCCCCUGGACCAGCAGGAGAAAAGGGAGCUCCGGGUGAAAAAGGUCCUCAGGGCCCUGCUGGACGUGAUGGAAUACAAGGACCUGUUGGACUUCCUGGCCCUGCUGGUCCAGCUGGUUCACCAGGAGAAGACGGGGACAAGGGUGAAAUUGGAGAACCAGGUCAGAAGGGGAGCAAAGGUGACAAAGGAGAAAAUGGUCCUCCUGGACCACCAGGUCUUCAAGGUCCUGUCGGUGCUCCUGGUAUAGCUGGAGGUGAUGGAGAGCCUGGCCCAAGAGGACAGCAAGGGAUGUUUGGGCAAAAAGGUGAUGAAGGUCCACGAGGUUUCCCUGGUCCACCAGGACCCAUUGGUCUUCAGGGUCUUCCUGGACCACCAGGUGAAAAAGGUGAAAAUGGUGAUGUUGGUCCAAUGGGUCCCCCUGGUCCCCCUGGUCCAAGAGGUCCCCAAGGUCCAAAUGGAGCUGAUGGUCCUCAAGGUCCUCCAGGUUCAGUUGGCUCUGUUGGAGGUGUCGGUGAGAAGGGUGAACCUGGUGAAGCUGGUAACCCUGGACCUCCUGGAGAAGCUGGCACAGGUGGUCCAAAAGGAGAAAGAGGUGAAAAAGGUGAGGCUGGACCACCAGGUGCAGCUGGACCCCCUGGUAUUAAAGGACCUCCAGGAGAUGAUGGACCUAAAGGAAAUCCGGGCCCUGUUGGCUUUCCUGGUGACCCUGGUCCUCCCGGUGAACCUGGUCCAGCUGGGACUGAUGGUACAGGAGGAGAAAAAGGUGAAGACGGUGACCCAGGCCAACCUGGUCCACCAGGACCAUCAGGAGAAGCUGGCCCCCCUGGACCACCUGGAAAGAGAGGCCCACCAGGAGCAGCAGGAGCAGAAGGAAGGCAAGGCGAAAAAGGAGCAAAGGGUGAAGCUGGUUCUGAAGGUGCUCCAGGAAAAACAGGUCCAGUUGGGCCACAGGGUCCUGCAGGGAAACCAGGCCCAGAGGGACUUCGAGGUAUUCCUGGCCCUGUGGGAGAACAAGGUCUACCUGGUGCACCAGGUCAGGAUGGCCCACCAGGCCCCAUGGGUCCACCUGGCUUGCCUGGCUUGAAAGGUGAUCCAGGUUCCAAAGGUGAAAAGGGACAUCCUGGCCUAAUUGGGCUGAUCGGACCUCCAGGUGAACAGGGAGAAAAGGGUGACCGGGGCCUGCCUGGCACCCAGGGAACCCCAGGACAAAAAGGAGAUGCGGGAAUUCCUGGUCCUGCUGGCCCACUUGGCCCUCCUGGACCACCUGGUUUACCUGGCCCUCUAGGUCCCAAAGGCUCUAAAGGUUCAACAGGUCCUGGUGGUCAGAAAGGUGAUAGUGGUUUACCUGGACCCCCUGGACCUCCUGGCCCUCCAGGUGAGGUUAUUCAGCCUUUGCCAAUCCAGUCACCCAAGAAGACCAGAAGAUCUUCAGAUGCCAUGAUGUCUGAUGCAGCUGAUAGCCUCCUUGAUUACACUGAUGGCAUGGAAGAGAUUUUUGGCUCCCUUAAUGCUUUGAAGCAGGACAUAGAGCACAUGAAAUAUCCCAUGGGCACUCAGAACAACCCAGCACGGACAUGCAAGGAUCUCCAGCUCUGUCACCCAGACUUCCCAGAUGGAGAAUAUUGGAUUGAUCCCAACCAGGGUUGUUCUGGGGAUUCUUUCAAAGUGUACUGUAAUUUCACAGCAGGUGGGGAAACUUGCAUCUAUCCAGAUAAGAAGUCAGAAGGAGUAAGGAUUUCAUCAUGGCCAAAGGAAAAUCCAGGAACCUGGUUCAGUGAAUUUAAGAGAGGGAAACUGCUUUCCUACGUUGAUGCUGAAGGCAGUUCCAUUAAUAUGGUCCAAAUGACAUUCCUUAAACUACUGAGUGCCUCCGCCCGACAAAACUUCACUUACAACUGUCACCAGUCAGUGGCGUGGCAUGAUGUAUCUUCCGACAGCUAUGACAAAGCACUGAGGUUCUUAGGCUCAAACGAUGAAGAGAUGUCUUAUGACAACAAUCCUUACAUCAAAGCUCUUCAUGAUGGCUGUGCGUCAAGAAAAGGCUAUGGAAAGACUGUUAUUGAAAUCAACACUCCCAAAAUCGACCAAGUGCCCAUUUUUGAUGUGAUGAUCAAUGACUUUGGUGAUCAGAAUCAGAAGUUUGGAUUUGAAAUUGGUUCGGUCUGUUUCCUUGGUUAAGUUUAGAGCAUUGAGAAGACUAUCAACCAGAAAAAAAUGCACCUUGGUGCUACCACCAAUCCACUUGAUGCCACAUGCAAGUUUUGAAUAAGAAUGGAAUAGAAAAUUAUGUUUCACCAUGUAUGUAUGUCUUCUUUAGGAACACUCAGUGCCCCAUAGGACCAGAAUCACAUGACUUAAACUUAUUUGAGAAAUUAUAAAGGAUCCUGUGGCAAAGAGAGGCAGCAUGGGGUUAAUUUAAUAAAUGCCAUCCACCAUCCUAUUCCAUGCCACCCAACCCAACUAUACCUCCCUUGAUUUCAUGGUGCUGUAAAAUUCAACGUCACGGUGCUCUUUCUAUUGCAACACAAGAGGUGCUACGAAGGUCUGUUUAAUAAACUGUAAUUAUUCUAUGUACAGUACAAUAUUGCCCUUUCUCUGUCCAUUUCCAAAACUUGCAUGUGUCCCCGAGUUGAAACUGGCUCUUAUGCUAUCAUGAUUUUUAAAGUAUGUUGUCAAUACUGUGUAUGUAUUAUGAAAAAUAAAGUUGUAAUUUCCAGUGAAUCCAAUUCCAUUUUUUCUGAUAUGAUAAUAGUAAUAUUAUUAUUAAUAAUAAUAAAUCCCUUUGUAUAUAUUGAUGUUCGAGAACUCUGUUAUUUGAAGUCACCAGCAAAACCUCAGGUGGCAAAACUGGAAACAUUUGAAUAGCACACUAGUCUGCUGUUACUGCUUUGUGAUAAGGAAAUCCGAAAAGGAAAGGGACUCUUUGAGGUUCUCUUCCAUGGUGCUAUACCUCAGACUUCUUCAUUUUCUGUUUCUGAUGCCAGGAUAUGUCCAGAAAUGUGAGUGCGUGCAAUAAGCAAGUUUCAUGUUUGGGAAUGGGAAACAUAUGUAUGUGAUUAAAAUGAGUAUGUAAAAGAUGUAAGAGAAGAUUCCUACCAAUGUAAACUUUAAGGAGCUAUUGCAGUACUGUUUCUUCUUCAACAAUUCUGGUAACUUCAGAAACUUAGACCAUGUAGAAGACCUCAAGAUGAGGGCACUUGCCUCACAACCUCUACUGUCAAUCUCCCAAACUAAAGCAAGGCUGGUGUAUAAAAGAGGUGCGAUGUAAACUGCUCUCACAAGGGUCGAUCUUCAGAUUUUACUAGGGUUGUAUGGAGAAAAGCAAAUGUUGUGGCUGCACCCUAUAGGUCAUCUCCAGAAGGAUAGUCAAAUGAUUAGUCACAUAGUCAUUUAUUUCAACAAAUCUAAACUUUUUCACAUCCAUAUGAAAACCAAAUUCCCAUAUGAAAACCAAACAUUUACUUGUGGAUUAUUUUAUCUCCAUUCAUUUCAGGUGUGCUUAAAUUAUAUCUGUGCUAUAAAUAAUAUUUACUUCCCUGAAUGAGGCACCAUUUGAUACAGCCCAUCCCAGAUUUUUUUCUGCCCAUCCCAAUAAUAUAUAUGUAUUUAUCUCUCUCUCCAGUUAACAUCUGGGUGAGCUUUUGAGUCUCCAGUCCUGAUCAAGUGUCCAUUUGCUCUUCCUGCUAAAAUGAUCCAUGCAGUUGGCUAUGAAACAUGUUUCAUAGUCUCCUCUUUUUUGACCAAAUAGAUGUAGCUUUAAAAGAAGCCUGAAAACAUAAAAAUAAGCAAACUCUUAAAUGCUUCACCAGCUGAUUUCUGUGGAUCAAAUGGCUCCUAAAAGCACUGGUGGACCGAUUUAGUCUUACCUAUUUCCCACUUAGGAUGUAUCUGCACUGUGGAAUUAAUAGUUUACAUUCUAAUUACCCUGGCUCAGUGCUGUGGAAUCAUGGGAGCUGUAGUUGUAAAAGGUUUGUAGUCUUCUCUGCCAGAGUGCUGGGACCUCAUCCAGUUACAAAUCUUACGAUUCCACAGUCUUGAGCCAUGGCAGUUAAAAUGGUGAUAAGCUGCAUUAAUUCUACAGGGUAGAUGACCCUUAGUGGAGGUCAACUACACUCUGUGCUGACAAUCAUUUCAGUGAUGUACAGAUAUUAGAGUGACCCCAUGUCCACUCAGCCCCACAUUCUGGAUUUGUAUUCCUAGAAUCUAUUUGCUCCUCUAGCAAGGGAGAUGACAAAAGUGGGACCUCGUAUCUAUUUAUGGAUCCCCCUUGCUAUACUUGUGGCAAAUAAGUCUAGGUCAUGUGAUUCUACCUAGCUGCCAAGCAACCUAUGAGGGACCAACUACCUAUGGAGCUUAUUUUCUGACCCAAAAGGUUAUAAUUUGCAAUCCAUACUUUUUUUUCCAAAUGGCUGUUUUGGCCUGACCUCAAGACAUUUUUCCAGGUAGUCAGACAUAGAUAUUAACUUAACAAAACAAAUCCUUUUGUACCUAUUUUUCAUAAUAUAUGUAAGACUUGAAAAGUAAAUGUUUGUUACUAUUUCUUAUAUAAAUUUGUUUAAAUUAAAUGAUAUCAGAUUCCACUCGCUCAUUUCCAGCUGUUUUUUUUAAAAAAAUCGUGGAAACAUUUUAUAUGUAAAACAGAUUUUAAAGUCAACUGUUUGCUGUUCAGAAUUCCUUUUAAAAAAGACCAGAGUUUGUAUCUGUCACCUCAAAGAGGAAAAGUAUACAUUUUAUUAAUAAAAUCAAGUCUUGUCUA